CAGACCGAGAGGGGCGGCGCUCUGCCCCGCCCUGCCCCGCUCCUCCCAGGCUCCCUCCCCCAGGGUUGUGGCCACGCGCAGCGGCGGCGGUUGUUCCGCUUCCCCUCCGGCCCGGGCGGUCGCCAUUGCCGAAGGCUCCCUGCCCUCCCCUCCCGGUGCCCUGGGGCUUGGCCUAGCGCUAACAGCGGCUGCGCCCCGGCGCGGCUCGUCUACCCGCCCGGCUUCCCCUUCCCUCCCCUCCCCGCCCCGCGCAGCGCGCUCCCCCGGGGCGGCUCGGGACCCGCCGGGAGCUGGGAUUGCGGAGCCUCGCUGGGCGGAGACCUUCCCUCCACUGGGCCAUAUCGUAACUCUGAAUCAUGUCUGAUAACGGAGAACUGGAAGACAAGCCUCCAGCGCCUCCUGUGCGGAUGAGCAGCACCAUUUUUAGCACUGGAGGAAAAGACCCUUUGUCAGCCAACCACAGUUUGAAACCUUUACCCUCUGUUCCAGAAGAAAAAAAGCCCAGGAAUAAAAUCAUCUCUAUCUUCUCAAGCACAGAGAAAGGAAGUAAGAAGAAAGAAAAAGAACGGCCAGAAAUUUCUCCUCCAUCUGAUUUUGAACAUACAAUCCAUGUUGGCUUUGAUGCUGUUACUGGAGAAUUCACUGGCAUGCCAGAACAGUGGGCUCGGUUAUUACAGACCUCCAAUAUCACUAAACUAGAGCAGAAGAAGAAUCCCCAGGCUGUGCUGGAUGUCUUGAAGUUCUAUGACUCCAACACAGUGAAGCAGAAAUACUUGAGCUUUACUCCUCCUGAAAAAGAUGGCUUUCCUUCCGGAACACCAGCACUAAGCACCAAGGGGUCUGAAACAUCAGCCGUUGUAACAGAGGAAGAUGAUGAUGAUGAAGCGGCAGUUCCUCCUGUUAUUGCCCCAAGACCGGACCAUACAAAAUCAAUCUAUACACGGUCUGUAAUUGACCCAAUUCCUGCACCAGUUGGUGAUUCUAAUGUUGAUAGUGGAGCCAAGUCUUCAGACAAACAGAAGAAGAAGACUAAAAUGACAGAUGAAGAGAUUAUGGAAAAAUUGAGAACUAUUGUAAGCAUAGGUGACCCUAAGAAGAAAUAUACAAGAUAUGAAAAAAUCGGGCAAGGGGCUUCUGGUACAGUCUUCACUGCUACUGAUGUGGCAUUGGGACAAGAGGUUGCUAUCAAACAGAUUAAUUUACAGAAGCAGCCGAAGAAGGAAUUGAUCAUUAAUGAGAUCCUGGUAAUGAAAGAAUUAAAGAAUCCCAAUAUAGUUAACUUCUUGGACAGUUACUUGGUGGGAGAUGAAUUGUUUGUGGUAAUGGAGUAUCUUGCUGGAGGAUCACUUACUGAUGUUGUAACAGAAACCUGCAUGGAUGAAGCACAGAUUGCUGCUGUAUGCAGAGAGUGUUUACAGGCAUUGGAGUUUUUGCACGCUAAUCAAGUGAUCCACAGAGAUAUCAAAAGUGACAAUGUGCUUUUAGGAAUGGAAGGAUCGGUUAAACUUACUGACUUUGGUUUCUGUGCCCAGAUCACCCCUGAGCAGAGCAAGCGAAGUACCAUGGUUGGGACGCCAUACUGGAUGGCACCAGAGGUGGUUACACGGAAAGCUUAUGGCCCUAAAGUAGACAUAUGGUCUCUUGGUAUCAUGGCUAUUGAGAUGGUAGAAGGAGAGCCUCCAUACCUCAAUGAAAAUCCCUUGAGGGCCUUGUACCUGAUAGCAACUAAUGGAACUCCAGAACUUCAGAAUCCAGAGAAACUUUCGCCAAUAUUUCGGGAUUUCUUAAAUCGAUGUUUGGAGAUGGAUGUGGAGAAGAGGGGCUCAGCCAAAGAAUUGUUACAGCAUCCCUUCCUGAAACUAGCGAAACCUUUAUCUAGUUUGACACCACUGAUCAUGGCAGCUAAAGAAGCAAUGAAGAGUAACCGCUAACACCGUUGCUGAGGCCUCAUAUUCUUUCUUCUCUGUUUUCUAAAAGAAGUCUCUUAAUAUAUGAAAGUUAUUACUCUUUUCAGAGUUUAUAAAGAAAUGAUCUGUAUAACAUGGAAGGAAAAAAAGCAAAGUAUUGCUGUCUGAAGACAACAAAAAGAAAAUUACAAAAUGGAACGACAACUUUCUGUUCAAUCCCUUCUUGAGGGUCCAAAAGGAAUCGCUGACUGAAUCACUAGCCUUACUGUUUUUUCAGCAGACAGCCCAUUGUGGCCAUUUAUCAUGCUUGAGAUUUGCAUUUUAUUUUGCUGAUUUUAUUGUCAUAGAUCCCAUUUGUUAUCCUCUUUGGGGUAUUUUCAGUACUUGAAUGGCAGAUUUGAGUUUUUAAACCUAUUUGAUUCAUCUGCUAAUCUUCUUUAUUCUUCAUAGUUUUUCCUCCUGACUUGCUCCUUUUGAGUUGCUCUGAGAAAUGUUUCUUAUUUCUAAAUUCAAGGCAAGUGUAAUAGAAAUUACAUAACUCCUUAUAUUGGCAAAGGAGUUUGAUGUAGAUUAACUUUGUGUAGAAGUUAGGACCAGCUGUUGUUACAUGUAAUAUUUCAGUUCAGUAUUUGAGCUGAAGGAAGGGAAGAAAAGUAUGUGAUUUUUACCUUUUUUUAAAAAAAAAACAAAUGUGAAAGAGUCAAUUUUAGAUUUUUCAUGGUAGUGAGUUGUUUGGCAUUUGUUACAUGUAUAGAGAGACUAAUAAUCUAUAUUUAUAGCUAAAUCAUUGACACAAAAAUAAUUCCACUGACUAUACAUCUUUACAAUUCUACUUUAUUUCCAAAUGUCUCCUUUUCUGAUUUGGCUUCAGGAACCAAAAUGCUUUAUUCUGGUUCCAACUUGGGCUUCGUGGCUUUUGUUGGUACCACUACUUUCCAGUCCCCACUCACUUUUAUUUCAGAAAUAAGGUUUUGUAUAUGUUGUGAUUUUAGUUGGUUUUUUUAAUUAAACCUUUAUUCUCCCCUGACCUUCCCCCCCCAACAUGCCAAAUAAUAUAAUAACCAUUGAAUUUUUUAGAAUUUAAAAGUUGACCCUUUUUUUUUCUAUUAAAAACAAAAAUAUUUGAAGCUAGCAGGAACUAAAGUAAGUGACUUGAACCUUGGUGAGCUCUAAAACAAUGAGAUACACCUAUUCCCAAUAUUUUACUUUUUAUGAAAACUUAAGUGACAAAGUUCUUCUUGAUAAAUUUAAGGAUCAUUUGAGAUGUUGAGUUACUUUUUUCAAAUAAUAUGUUAAAACUAGAAAAAUUGCUAUGUACUUCUUGAUAACAUCACUUUUUAUUUUAAAGACGUGUAAAGGUCUGUGACCUAUAUCAUUAAUUCUUUGCGUACCCUUUCUCUUCCCGGCCUAUCCUUGUCUCUCUCUCGCUCUCGCGUGCACUCUCUCUGUCUCUCUCUCUCUCUCUCUGUUUCUGCUUCUCUUUUUAUUGUUUUGUCCUCUGAGGGUGGGAGAGGUUCCAGGGGAUAAUAUUUACCCUUCAAACCUGCCAAGAGCUGCAUAAAAAAAAAAUCUAUGGUUUGUUUUCGACUUGAUUUUUGCUUCCCACAAUCCCCUCCUGACAUGCCAUCCUGCAAUAGUAUAAAUCAUGAAUAAAAAUAACUUUGAUGUUUUGGAGUACAUUAGGGGAACUGAUAGAGUUUUGUUUUUUAUUACACUUCCCCCAUCAUAUCUGUAUUAAGGUAUAGAUUUAAAAAAAAUGAAAAUGACUUUUUCUUAUCGACAACACAGGUCGAUUUUCACAAAAAUGAGUAAGAUGACUCUAGCUAGAGCACUUAAUGAUCUGUUUUCAGUUUAAUUCUUCAUUUCACUUUUCUCUCUGAAUCAUACUGACCUGCAGCAACUGUUACUAAAUCACUUCAUAGAAACAAGCUGAUUUAUUUCUGGUGGAAAGCUACAGUGCUUUUUGGGUUCCAGAUUCGAACAUUCUUUGUAAGUAGUUGUGUGGAUGGAUUUAUAACGAAGAUUCUACCAAUGAAAUGUAAAAGCAGCUAGAUGAUGACCGUGACCACUCUAGAAGACACUUCUACACAGCAGUCAGAAAUGCCAGUUUCAUUGAAGCUAGUGCCAAUGCCCCGUCUUUAAUGCCUUUGACUCAACAAAGGUCUUUUUCAUUUUAAAAAACCAGUUUGGGAUUUGUAUUUACAAUUCUUUGAUGGUUACCUGCAUGUCCAUUGCUGGCAACGGACUUUGUCAUUAAAAACCUUACUCCUAGGUUAAGGGAGCUACACUGUGGUUUUAGUUUUUACUUACUCAGAUAAACUAACUUGUUAUAGAAAUAUACUUUAGUUAAUUCUGAAAUAUGUCAUUCUUAAAAUAACUUUAAAAGCAAUAUGGAGUUGUGAUUUAUUAGUUAUUCUUAAAUUAAAAUGUUCAAAUCUUGUUGAAAGAAAAACUAUAUCUGAAUUGAGAUUGAUGUUCUUUUCGUAAUUGUCUUUUAUAGUCACCCUUUUAAUCAUCCCUUUAGAAUGAAAAUUCCCACUUAAAUCGAACAGUGUGCCUUGCUUAUCCUCUUUAGUUCUCUGGUGUGUUAUUAGGAUAAUAUUACUAUAAUAUUUAUUGUAUUUCAGACUCUUGAGGUCUUAAAAUUUCCUUCUCUACUUCCUUUUGCUGCUUUAAGGAACAGUUAAAACUGAGAAAUGAUGAAAAUGUUCAAUAUUAUAUCCUUCCUAGUAUAGUAAAUAAGUAGACUGAUUGUAACAAUGUAAGAAAUCAGGCUAACUUUACUGUCUUUGUGUGUUGACCGUGUCUCAUAAUAUAAAUUCUCUUCCCUUCAGCAUAUAAUGCUGCUUAUAAUGUACCUAAUUACCACCAGUUCUAAAUGAACCUGUGCCUUUAGUAAGCAAUUUAAAGCUACCUAUGAAUAUGUCUUUAUAGGGUUCACUUAAACAUAUGGUUGGGGGAUUUUUUAAUAAUAGAAUUUCAUAUUAAUGUGAUAAGCAGAUUGUCUUUCUUAUCUCCAUUGCUCCUACAAAGAUGUUUCAACAAUUGAACCAGUUUUUUUCCACAGUGUAUGUGUAUAAAAGAAAGGAAAUACAGAAAUGUGUGUAUGCAUGCACACGUGCAUGUUCACACACACACACACAAACACAGUACUUUUUUUUUUUUCUCAGUCAACACAUUCAUUGACCUCUCUCGGCAAAGACAGUGUAGUAGAUGUGGGAGUCUCAAAGUAAAACCAAGCACCAGUCAAACCUUGAGAGAACUAUAGAGUCUUUCUCAUUCAUCAUCCUAGAAUGUUGCCACAUGAGAGAGAGAGGAAAAGAAUGUCAAAAUAAAAUUUUAAUCCUCUAUGAAAAGCAGCAAGAGCUUAUUUUGGAACUAAACAUCUUUGUAGAAAUGUGUUGUUUGCUUUUUACUUAUUUUGGUAGUUAAGAGAUAACAUUAAGUGAAAGUAGCUUAUCUUUUCCAUUUUGUCUUCAAGUUUUAUAUUGUCUUUUUAAUUUAAUCCCAUUCAGAUAUUUGUUUAUUUGACUUUAACUGCUGUAUUUGAUGACUGUUCAAUAUUUUCAUUCUUUCAGGGCUAGAAAUAAAUAUGUUAUGUUUAUUUUU